AUGGCACUGCAGCGGGAGCUGGACGCGAGGGGGGCGCAGCUGCAGCAGCAGAAGCUGCUGCUGCGCGAGCUCGAGGCCAUGAGGGCAGAGAACUUUCUGCAGCGUCAGCAGAGCUGCUGCGCGCAGAAGGAAGAAGUGAUAAAGGGGCUGCGCGAGGCGAAGGAAGAAGUGAUAAAGGGGCUGCGCGAGGCGGUGCGUGUGCUGCAGCAGCAGCAGCAGCAGCAGAAGCAGCAGCAGCAGCAGCAGAUGGUCCUGCAGCAAAGGGAAGAAGAAAUACAGACACUGCGGGCAGCUCUUGCUGCAGCAGCAGACAAAGACACACAAAAGACAAACGAGCUGCUGCUGCUGCAGCAGAAACUAAAAGAGACAGAAGAAGCAGCAGCAGCAGCAGCAGCUGCUGCUGCUGCUGCAGCAGAAACCCAGAGGCGAGAGGAAGCUGAGAAAACGCAGCAGCUGCAGCGCGAGCUUGAAGCCCUGGUGCAGCAGCAGCAGCAGCAGCAGCAGCAAGCUGCUCAAACGAGCUGCUGCUGCUGCAGCAGAAACUAA